AACGCACCAAAAAUUUCCCGAUCUCGCAGCACUGGUUCAGAAUGCAGUCAAUGGUCAAUGAUGGAAUUGAAUGGAACUUACAGAGUAGUAGGCUCUUCUCUUUACUCAAUUUAAGAAAAACAAGAAAAGUAUAAUUUUAAUGCAAUCCCAGUGCAAAUAAAAAGAAUAGAUUUACUUGUGUACACAUUCAUUUUUUAAACUGCAAGAGAUUGUAUGCAGCUACUAAAUAGACUGGUUGUUUGACAAAAAGGAAAAAAUUUAUCUUGCAUCAAAAGAGAUACUCAAUAGUAUUUUUAAAGAGCUUGUGUUUUUCUGAGCAGCACUGAGUUCAAUAUUUGUUCAAAUCCACGAGAACAAUCAUGACUGCUCCCAUCAGCACUGCUGUAGACAAUCUCACUGCUGCAAUUAAAUCCAAUAUAAUCCCCAAUCAAGAAUACCUACUGCAGGGCUCUGUACUGGACAGUUGUGUAGAAGUACUGUUGCACAGAUUGGGUGGUCUUUGUGAUAAUGUUGAUGUUGGACAUGAGCAAUUUGAUGAUCAUGAGAUGUGUUUUAGCAUUCGCAAAGGUACACCACCAGAGCAGCCAUUACUCCUGCGUGUCCGACGUGCAUUGGACCAAAAUCAUGCAGAUAUGCCAUGGCAGCUACGAUAUAUUGGUCAGCCAGAGAUAGGUGAUAAGUCACGACCAACAAUUGUUCGUAGCAGCAUUGAUAUAGCCACCAGCAAUACUGUGGUAGAGUUCUUGACUGAGCUGGGCUGUAAACUGGACUUUGAAUACAUAGCACGUGGUUAUAUGUUCCGCAAGGGUCGUAUGAAAGUUACUGUAACAAAGAUCUUCAAGAUGAAUCAGGGUAAGAUGGAAGGUGGCGGCAUGGAGCCGAUAUCACAGAGUUACUUAGUGGAGCUCAGUGUGCUAGCACCUACCGGACAGGAUGCCAUCGCGGAGGACAUGAGGAUGUUCGCGGAGCAACUGCGACCGUUAGUGCAGCUCGAAAAAUUAGAUUACAAGAGAUUGGGCCAUUAAAUAUACAUUUCUAAUUAUCAUACAGUGAAACAUGGAUUAUAUCAUAAUUCUCACUGGAUAUCAAAGGUAUUGUUAAACUUUAGAAAUAUUUAUAGGUAGAACUUAAAUGUAUAUAAAAGUCGCGUACAUAAUAUAUUUAUAACUCUAACUAAAAUAAAAUUCUGAAACUCACUCCACAAAAACUCGAUCGUAUAUAGAAAGAAGUAACGUUUUCAAAUUGUAAAAUAGGGAAUUUUUGCAAACAUGUGGUAUAAAGUUACACAAUAAAAUGGGACGAUUUGAUUGACUUAAUGAGGGCGACACGGAAGCGUCCUAAUUGACCACGGUACGAUUGGACACAACCAACCGAUGAAAAGAAUUAUCUAAUGAAUUACUAGAUCGAACCAAUCAUUACAAUCUGUGGUCAAUCGGGUCUCACCUGGGCGACACGACGCGUGACGCGCUAAGUAGGAACGCACCCUAAGCUUGCCAGUCUAGAGUGCUUACGAUAGUGAGUUCGGAACUUUGACUAUAACCAUGAACUGCUAGCCACCAACUUGCGUCUGCAGCAAAAUGUAUAACUUUUUUUUAAUGUAAUAAUUUAUUUGAAGAAAAAAUAAAAAA